GCAAACCCGAAAAUAUAAAGCGAGCGUCAAAUAUUAGGCAAAGCCUCAUUCGGCUCCUGCAGUGGGGACGGCGUGUGGGAGGAGUUAUGUAAAUCGGGCCUUUGGGGCGCUAUUAGUGGGCCCCCGACUCACAGCCAGCGCACCGACGGGCUCCAUCGCAGACACUCUUGUGGACUGGGUCGACGUGUUCAGGUUCACAUCUCCAAAGUUCUAGUGUGCAUUUUGGAUAUUUGAAGUUUUAGGAUAUUUUCCACCCGUGGGGACUUGGGACAGGAGGACGUCGUGCGAUGGAUUCAACAAUGGCGACGUGCCUUUUAGUGGCAACGGUGCUAUAUUUGUCACACGGAGAAGCAAAGUCGUACAGACCGCUCCGUUAUAGCGACUUCCGAUCUGGAGCGAUUGAGCACCGCGACCGGGGAAGACCGACCAGCGGGCACAAGAACCGCUGCGCUUAUGUGAUCGAAAAGACCGUGUCCUUCACUUUGCAAGAUGGGGCGGCCCCGUACGUCAAAGCCGACUACAACAAGUGUUCCUGGCAUAAACAAUGUCCAACUCUUAUGUAUCGCCUGAUCUACAAACCGAUGUAUAAGGUGGCACAUAAAACGGUCACAGAGUUAGAGUGGCGCUGUUGCCCCGGGUACUCUGGCUACGGCUGCAUGGAGGGACCCCCGGAUUACCAACAUUCCGCGAAAAGCAUGCCGCCAUUUAACGGUCUGCCAUUGAGAGGACCACAGUUCCAGGGACCACAAUACAAAAGCACCAUGUUUAACGGUCCCAUGUUCAAGGGUCCACCAGUCAACCCUCAUGCCAACGUCAACCCGUGGAAUCAACCCGAAGGACCUCCCACCAGAGGUUUUAACUCUUACCCGAUGCAUCACUUUGGACCGCCGAGAUCUUCCAGCUACCCAGACGCCUCUUUUGAAUCAUAUCCAGCUCCACCCGAACCCAUGCCGGACCACAAUGAACAACAUCACACAGAGCAUGCACAAGAACAUGAGCGCGACCAGGGAGCAAGGGAGCACGGUCCAGAAGGCACGCUUUCUCCGACCAACGGCGAUCCAACUGAAGGCGUGGCUCUAGAGAGUGAGACAGAGGAGCGAAUAUAUCGAAUGGAGGAGGACGUGCGACGUCUGAACCAGGGUUUGGAGACCCUACGGGGGACUGUGAAUGGUCUGGAGGACAACCUUCGAGCCUCUCUAAGAGAAGACGCCAACAAGAUGCUGUCAGCUCUGCUCGCUGCUGCCCCCAGUCCUCUUUCUGCUCCUGCUGGAGCCUCCGGCCCCUCCGCGGUAGGCUUUGCGGAGAUUCCUGGGGGUGAUCCAGAAGCUGGCGGUCUAGACGGUAAACAUGUCUUUUCAGGGCUCACAGAACUGAACAGAAGGGUGGAAGAGCUCAAGACCGAGCUGCAAGCCAAAACGGCAGAGUUUCAGGAACUCAAAGCCACAGUAAUGACACAUGACAGGGCAAUGGAGAAGAUAUCACGCGGAGAAGCCACGGUACCAGGCUCAGCGCAUCUUGAGGGGAAAGCCCAAAAACUCUUGGACGCCAAACUGAGUGCAGCCAGGACAGACAUUCUGGAUGGGUUUGAGAAGCGUGUGGAGAUUGCAGAGGGUCGAUGUGAGGAGGAAGCAGAAGACUUACGUCGUCAGUGUCAGAGGGAACAAGGGGAAAGGCAGGAGCAGAUGGAAGAUGCUUUGGAAGCAAGUACUAGUGACUUACGGUCAGCAUUGAGGAGCCUUCAGGAUCAGGUUCAUCACUUGAACACUGUAGAAAGCUGCUGUGCUGUGGUGAGUGGAUUGAGUGACAGGGUGCAGUUUGUGGAAACGUCGGUGACGGGCCUCAAUCAAUCUCAGAAAUACCUGCGAGUGGAGUUGGGAGCUCAUAAAGACCACAUAGAGGGAAUGCUGGAGGGUCGCCUUAAGUAUGUCGAGACCAAACUCAACCUGACUGGCCAACUAGCAAAGAGGAGCAGCGUCACAGACAACAAAGCCGAGACGGAGAACAGUUUGGAGGCCAGAAUGGAGGUCAAGUUGAGGGAACUAGAGGGACGCCUAUUGACAGCCCUAGAGGAACUGGGUAACGCCACUGCCCCUGCACUCCUGGAGGGACAUGCUGUUCCGACCCUGGAGACAGAGCUGGAGUCGCUCCGAGUGAGACUCGAGAUGGACGUGGACAGAGUGCAAAAACAUCUAAGAAACCUCGAGACUCUUUGCUCUUCCUCCUGUUCCUCGGCUAAAAAUCCCACAGCCAUUCAAGGGGACUCCGGUUCUUCAAGUGGUGCCUUGGGAGAGGAUCAGAAUCUUGAGGGGUUUUUGGAACGACAGGCUGACCGACUGAACAGCCUCAACAUUACACUACAGAACAUCGUGAGUUAUCUGAGUGACAAAGAGCAGGAGGAAAAAGAACAGGGCGAGCUAACGAUCCUCAAGUUCAACGUUCGCUCGGUCAACCGCACUCUUCAAGGACUUCAGGACUCUCUGGGGACUGUAGUUCACCAGGUGGGAAGCGUCAACAGCUCCUGGCACGAGAGCGAGUCGCGACUGGCGCAACAAAUGAAGGGUGUGGUACAGCUGGUGGGACAUCAGGCUACAAUGCUCGGGGCAGGUGAACGCAAACUGACCCGGCUCAAAGGGGAGUUGCAGCAGAUGAAAAGACGUCUCGCGGACGAGGUCCGGGGCUGCCGGAGCACAGCCAUGGGGGUACAAAAAGAGGUGACAGAGGUCGGCGGACGCGUCGCUAAUGUUGAGGACCAGUGCAAAGGUCUCAAUUAUUUAGCAGAAGAUCUGGAGAGAAUCAGGGAGGAGCUGGACAGACAAUCAAAUGGGUUUGUGCUGCAGUUCAACGGGACUCUCACGAACCAUUCCCAGCAGUUGUCUGAGCUGAAAGACGAAAUCAAAAACUGCACGUCGAAGGCGGCUUCAGCGCAGAGUUUAGAGCCGCGGUCACAACGCGGGGACGCAUUCACUUCAAAGUAGUUCGGAAAGACGGCGAGAGAAUAAAGGAUAAAAAUCAUGCGACCGUUGUGAAAGGCCACUAACAGCUCCGUUCUCAUUUUUCAUUCGUUUUGUACGGUUCCAAACCUGCACUGAUACUGAGUCUAAAUUCGCUGGAAAUUAAUUUCAUACAACUGCACUCAAUGUGAUUACAAACAUUUAUUCGAUGCACAAAUUUGCUAGUUGUUAUGAACCAUGGUAUUGAACACUGAGCAAGAUGUGUAUGUACAUCAUUUCCACACAAAAUCCGUUGUCUGUUUAUGUUAUUUAAAAAUGUUGACAUGAUGUUCUUGUUUUUAUACUUUAUGUGGAGACUAAAUUACUCGAUGCUUUUAUAUUUUUGGAUGUUGUAUCACUUCCCUCGUUUUGUAAUCCAUGACUCUUUUGUGUAUUUGUACUUUGACCAAAGUUGCUUAACACAAAUAAACUUUCUGUACAGUACAUGUUUUAUUUUUAUUAGUUAUCCAUCCAUUU